CAACCAAUACUAACCACAGUCAAGUAAUUCAUACUCCAUUACAACCAACAGAUGGAAGCAAUCAACAUGAUCAAAUUAUAAAUCAAAUCUUAUCAACUGAAAUCGUCAUCAACACUCAACCUAGUAUACAAUUGAGUGAGACAAACACCAUCGCAACACAAGUUCCAUCAGUAUCAAGUCAUCGUGCAAAUGUUGUUCCACCAAGAAGACAACCAGACAAUCACACAGCACAAACACGACAAAACCAACGAAUACCACAACAAUAUUGGACAUUACCACGUCAACAGUUACAAACAGCUCAUCAUUAUCACCAGCAACAACAACACCGUCAACAUCUGAAUCAAGUACAAAGACAGCAACCACAGCGUCAGCGUUUCGAUCCAAGACGACGACAACAACAAAACCAGCAUCGCUUUCAACAACAACGAAGAGCCGAAACUGACCAGCAACAUUCUCGACCAUGGCGCGACUAUUCGUAUGAACGACCAUCCGACCUAUUCUACAGAAUCAUGCAAGAAGUGUUCGUCGAGCAAAACUAUCAACGCUUACUUGAAGAAUAUCUCAACCCACCACUACCAUCAGAUCUACAUGACCUACCUGUAGUUGAAGAAAAUCCGGAUAUCUUAUUUGAAGCAUAUGAGAGUGGAAAGAUGGAUGAAAAGUUACAAUGGGAACAAGAACAACUGCAACAGCUCGAACUAGAAGCUUCCAUCGAACCACAACUACUCGACCAAGAUGAACUCGAACAAACAGAAAACAUUGAUAGUAUUAAUCGAACCCUAGAAGAAGAACAAAACACUCACAACCUACAACAACUUACAAGCAAACAACUAUUAUAA